AUGGAGUGCGAGCCCGAGGAGCUGCAGUUCCUGGGCGCCGCGGGCGUCUACUCCGCCUCCGCGCAGGUCCUCCGCGGCCCGCACCGCCCGCUCUUCGCCCGCAUCGCCGCCGCCUUCGUCCUCCCGCUCUCCGCCCUCUUCCUCCUCCACAUCGCCAUCUCCCACGCCCUCUUCCGCCACAUCGACUCCGACGACACCGCGCUCGACGCCUCCUCCCCGGGCACCGACGCCCAGCGCCGCCUCCUCUCGCGCCUCGCCUCCGACUGGCUCGCGCUCCUCCUCUUCAAGGCCGCAUACCUCCUCGCGCUCCUCCUCCUCUCGCUCCUCGCCACCGCCGCCGCCGUCUUCUCCGUCGCCUCCGUCUACUCCGCCAAGCACGACGCGCUCACCUUCCCGCGCGUGCUCUCCGUCGUGCCGCGCGUCUGGAGGCGGCUCGCCGCAACCUUCCUCGCGGCCUUCGCGCUGCUCUUCGCCUACAACGCCGCCGCCGUGCUCGUCCUCGUCGGCCUCCUCGUCGCCGCCGACAACGGCUCCGGCCUCGCGGGCCUGCUCGCCUUCCUCGUCCUCCUCGCGUACCUCGCCGGACUCGUCUACCUCAGCGUCGUCUGGCACCUCGCCAGCGUCGUCUCCGUGCUCGAGGACUACAAGGGGUUCGCCGCCAUGCGGAAGAGCAAGGACCUCAUCCGGGGGAAGCUGCCCACCGCCGCCGCCAUCUUCGUCACGCUCAACCUCGUCUUCGCAGUCGUCGAGCUCGCCUUCCGCGCCUGGGUCAUCAAGGGGGGAUCCUCCGCGCCAACCAGGCUCGUCCUCGGCGUCCUCGCGCUCGCCGCGCUCUCCUGCGUCGUCAUGCUCGCGCUCGUCGCGCAGACGCUCGUCUACCUCGUCUGCAAGAGCUACCACCACGAGAGCAUCGACAAGGCGGGCAUCUCCGACCACCUCGAGGUAUACCUCGGAGACUACGUCCCGCUCAAGGCAUCAGACGUACAGAUGGAGCAAUUCCAGGUCUGAAAAAUGCUGCAUUAUAUAUAUGCUGGUUUCAUCCAAUCCAUUCCCCUCCCUCCCUCUCCUGGCUGGAUGACUGGAAAUCCUGAUUUACUUGUAUUUCCUCUCCUCCUCCAUCAGCAUCAGCAUCAGCUUGCUUGCUUGUUGUAAUCUGUAACUUUACACGCCAACGCCAAACAUGUAUGCCAUCAUGAACAUAAUACUAGUACUUGGUAGAGAGUAUGGUGGUAUGUUGGUUGGGGACAAGAACAAUAAUCAUCAUGUAGGAUGAUACACUGCUUUUAAAUGAUGCAACAUGAAGAAUGAACAUCUACGAAUCGUGAAAUGGAGGUAGUAGGUUAAUCCGGAUAUGCUCAAUAGAUGUUUCAUUGUGAUGAGUGAUUGAAAUUUGGAACUAA